CAUCCUUAAUCCUUUAGUCACUUUUCCACAGGCCAGUAGUGUCAGUCUUACUUGUUCUACUUCUCUACUGUGUACACACACAAAACAUUGUGUUUAUUAUGUUUUCAGUUAUCACAUGGAGGAUUUUUUGUUGUUUUUUCCUCAAUCUGUUUUGGAGCAGUUAGAGAAGAGAGCUUAUUGUUCAAUAAACAACUGAACUCAAUAUCGUUUGUCUGUCUAUCUCUUUGACUGACAGUUUUAUUGAUCAUUGAAACAGACUGACUUGGAAAGAAGUUGGUUUGAUGGUUUAAAAAAAAAAAAAAAAGCAAAAAAAAUUGAUGUCACUUUAUAUGAUAUUAUAUAUUUUUAUAUACACAUAUUUUUCCUGCUUGUGACUACCUCAUGAUGGGAGAUGAAGAGGGUAAUUAUUAAAAUGUAUGAAUAUGACUGGGCUCAGACAUGCAAAAGCUUUGGAUGCAAAGUCAUGCAUUGUCUCUCAAUGCAAAAUGAGCAAUAUGAAAAAAGGGUGUGAAGCAACUUUAUUUCAGCCUGCACUCCUUGAAACGUGUAAGAAAACACUGUGUUCAGCUGAAAUAUUACAGGUGUGAGGGUCAGGGGGAGGAGUAACAAGGACACGGGAUCUGAUAAGCUAUAAAUAAUCUCCAACAUCACACACUAUCAGGCUGCAAGCUCCAGUUGAAAGUCAAGAAGACUCAGACAAGACUGCUGAUCUACAGAUCUUCAUCAGGUUGCAGACAUGGCCACAGACAUCUUGGAAAUGCCUGGUCUGAGUCGACCUUUCACCCUGGGGAUGCUGUAUGACGCCCGCCGAGAGAAAAUGAUCCCAGGUUUCUCAUUGUUUGGUGAUGAAGUUCUGGAAAAAUAUACAUCAGUCAGCACUCAAAACAGCUGUGAGUUCCAAACCAUUGCCUCUGAUUCCAUUGAUUCCAAGUCCUCUAUGAUGAACAUUCAAGCCUCUCUUGGAGUCAGUAUGCUGGGUGGACUGGUUGAAGUUGCUGGAUCUGCUAAGUACCUGAAUGAUACAAAGAAAUACCAGAAUCAGAGCAGAGUCACACUCAACUACAAAGUUACUACCACUUAUAAACAAUUCACAGCUCCUCCUGGAAGUGUGAAGGUGCAGCAAACAUCCAUUACUGACCAGGGCUUGGCAACACAUGUAGUCACAGGCAUCCUUUAUGGGGCAAAUGCGUUUUUUGUAUUUGACAGUGAGAAGUUAGAUGAUAGCAACCUUCAGGACAUCCAGGGUAAAAUGGAAGCUGUGAUAAAGAAGAUUCCUACUGUUAGUAUUGAGGGGUCAGGAUCUGUCAAACUGACUGAUGAAGAAAAGACCUUGGCCAACAAUCUCUCCUGCAAGUUUCAUGGAGACUUCAUUCUUGAAAGCCUCCCUACAACCUUUGAAGAUGCAGUGAAGACUUACCAGAAACUUCCAAAUCUUCUUGGAGAAGGAACAGAAACAGUUCCUGUGAAGGUCUGGCUGGUCCCCUUGAGGAGAUUCUAUUCUAAAGCUGAGCAGCUGGUCCGUGAGAUCACUCUUGGUAGAGUAAGAAAGAUUCACAGUAUCUUGCAAGACUUGUGUCGGCUGAAGAUGAGAUGCACUGAUUCUAUGGAUGACAAAAUUGUAAGACAGUUCCCGUUGAUUUAUGACAGGAUUAGCAAUUUCCUACAGAUAUUUCAGGACUACACUCUUUCUGUGAAACAGACAAUUGCAAAGAAAGUUCCACUGAUUCGGGGAGGUACAGAAGAUGAGAGUUCAAUAGAGAAGAUAAUUGCAGAUAGGGCCAAGUCACCAUUCAGCAAUGAAAAUGUGAGCGCGUGGCUGGAUACCAUAGAGAGAGAAAUCAGUGCCUUAAAGGCCUGUGUAGGCGCAAUGGACGAAACACAGACAAAGUUUGUCUCAAAUCAGACAGAGCUGGAUAAAGAAGUUCUCGCUCCAGAUGCAAAGCAUGCUGUGUGCUUUGUUUUCACCUCCCUGGAUCGCACUGAUCCCUACCCUAGAGUGUUGUCCAACUUUUUGGAAUCACCUAAUUCAGAAGACACUACAUAUGUCCCUCCAUCUACUGAAGACCUGUGGUGUUUCUCCCCUCGGGUGAUAAUCAAAAUGAAACAAAAAGCCCGGAAUUUUAGUGAACUUGCCAACAACCUGAAGGACAGCAAGAAUGUCCGCUUCCUCACAGCUGCCAUGGCAAACGACAAAUAUCAAGGAGCAACUAUCUACUACUACAAGGAAGGCAGUCUGGUCACUGAUGACUUCACAUUCCCUCGCAUGCCUAUGGUGGACAACAUCAAAGACAGAAGAGAUUUACUCUGGUAUUCCUGUGACCUGAGCUUCGACCCAAACACACUAAACUAUCUCCUCACUCUAUCUGAUGACAACAAACACGUGGAGUCUGGAAAACAGCAGAAAUAUCGUGAUCACCCAGAGAGGUUCGACUGCCUUCAACAGGUGAUGUGCAAAGAGAGGCUGACCGGGUGCCAUUACUGGGAGGUGGAGUGGACUGGAUAUGUUCGUGUAGGUGUCUCGUAUGUAUCAAUCGGCAGGAAAGGGACAAACCAGCCCUGUGCUGUUGGAGAGAAUUGGAGCUCCUGGGCUUUAGAUUAUGAGCCCAGAAAAGGAUACAGUUUUAAACAUGAUAAAACAAACAAAAAUGUCACUGUGGCUUCUCCUGGCUUUAAACGACUGGGAGUGUAUCUCGACUGGCGUGCUGGCGGUCUGGCCUUCUUCAUGGUCUCCUCUAACGAGGUGCAACACAUUCACAGCAUCCGCACCAAAUUCACUGAGCCUGUUUAUCCAGCCUUCCGUCUUGGGUCUGGCUUUGACCAUGGAACGGUCAGCUUACUUUGAAACACAGUCGCUG